GUCACCAGGCAUCAGGUCAUUUGGCUCGCCAGCGGGCACCGCGUCAUCUGGCAAGGCAGUGGGCACCGAGUCACCAGGCACGACAGUGGGUUCCGAGUCAACUGGCAUGACCACGGGCACUGGGUCAGACAUUGGAUCGUCUGGCUCGACAGCGGGCAUCGGGUCACCAGGCAUCAGGUCAUUUGACUCGACAGCGGGCACCGCGUCAUCUGGCAAGGCAGUGGGCACCGAGUCACCAGGCACGACAGUGGGCUCUGAGUCAAUUGGCACGACAGCGGGCACCGGGUCAUCAGGUACCGGAUUGUCUGGAUCGACAGCGGGCACCGGGUCAUCUGGCGUUGGAUUGUCUGGCUCGACAGCGGGCAUCAGGCAGUGGGCACCAAGUCACCAGGCAUGACAGCGGGCACUGGGUCAACUGGCCUAAUGGAAUCAUCAGGCUGGGUAGAGGCAUCAGGCUGGGUAGAGGCAUCAGACUGGGUAGAGGCAUCAGGCUGAAUUGUGGGCGCCGAGGCACCAGGCUGCA